UUGUCAACGCCGCUGCGUCAAUUGAGUGCCCCGGCGUGCGACUGGGCUGGAUUUACGGCAUAUGUCCAGUCUCCUUGUCCGCCUUGAGGCGAUAGAGUCUCGUCUCGCCAUAAGAACCCGUCCACGGACUGAAAAUAAUUCGCUGACAUGGCGAUGCUGGCGCUGCCGAGUUGCAGACCAGGGGAUUCACACCCGGAACUCAAGCACACAUGCUUCACCAGAGCAUGAGCAGGCAUUAUCAGCCUCGCUCAAGGAGCCAAUUGCUUUCUCUGGACCCCAAGAAGGCUCUCAGGCGCCAAGCCUAAGCAGAACCUCUGCCAUCCUGAACGGACUUGCUGCCCAUACAAUUACGCCGCGAACUACAAUCUCUCAACCUGCUCCUCUUUCCGCAAAAGACAAAGUCUUUUACGCACUUCGAAAUAAGCAGCACAAGACUCUCCUGAAAGUCUUUCUCGAGGCUUCCAAAGAUGAGCAAUUCAUCCAGUCAAUCCCACCGGCAACCUUGACUGAAAUCCUCCGCAUGCUCGAUCCAGAUUAUUUCGUCGAGCCCAUAAAAGAGCUCCACGAGGAUCUCAGCACAGCAUACGUGCGUCUUCUUGGCAUAAAACCCCUCGAUGUCGAAGUCAGCGAAUACAUGCGAUCAAUCCGUCGUCUGACCCGGAUACGACGGCGAGCGAACCACCCUCUCGAUCUCACAGACUACACAUUUCUUCUCAAAUGCGCUCGGGCAGUAGGCGAUAGCGAAGCCGCAGAUGGAAUCUGGCUCGACAUGAUGCGCGACAAAGUUCAGCCUAAUACGACAUGCUACAAUUACUAUCUCGCAGCGCGGUGCUGGGCGGGUCACGCGCACGCCGGUCGACGGCACAAGCUGCGUGUCAUGCCAUACAACAUGGCCAUGCGGCAGACUGCAGAGCCAUUGCCUGGAUUCGAAGGCUUUCGCGUCAAGCGCCAGGGCAUUCGAAGCACGGUUUUCCAAAUGUUCAAUGAGAUGGUGCAACAAGGCGUGCAGGGCGACGAACGGACGUUCACCCUCCUCAUGACAGCCAUGGGCCGUGAAGGCGACAUGGACGGCGUCAAAUCUGUCCUGAAAAAGGCGUGGAACGUUGACGUCGACGCACUCCUCAAAGCCGCAGACGAAUCUACCCUUGCGCCUGUCGUGCCACUCGACAAAGCCACUUCGGCACUAUACCCCGGCGACGACUUACUCUUCGCUAUUGCGCACAUUUUUGGCUCAAACAACGACAUUCCUACUGCCAUCCGACUCGUCGACUACAUUGCACGGCAGUACGAGAUAGAUAUCCCGCUCCGGGUAUGGGCACAGCUUUUCGAAUGGACAUUCGUCCUAUCAACUCCUCGCUCUGGCGAGCGCCGGCAUGACGGACCGCAAAUUGGCCAACUCCCGCUCGCCAGCGUCAGCCAGCUCUGGGAAACAAUGACGUCUCCACCCUACAAUGUGCGUCCCAAUGUGCCCAUGUACAACCGCUACGUCAAGAACCUGUACCACAGGCAGAUGCUCGGGCAGAUGCUUGCCCGUAUGGAAGAGGGCAUCGAGCUAUAUUCGCGCUCGGUGAAACAAUUCCGUCGGGCGAGCAACAAAUAUCGCAAGACAGUCGUCGCAGUGCGAGGAUCAAGAAACGGACAAAGCCGCGCUCAGCGCAAACAAGCUGAACAAGAGUCCAGCUUGCCCAUUGAAAGCCUGCGCUUUCACUAUGAGAUGAGCCGUCUAGUACGCAGCCGCAACCAUCAAAUGGUGCGCCGAUGGAUGCGGUUGUUGCUCGGCGGUCGGCGCUGGUCCGCUGGCCCGAAUAAUGCGUGGGAACGAACGGUACUGCCUGACAUCAUCGAAAAAUGGAGAUCUUUUAUGCCUGAGCGCAUCGAGUAUAACACGAGCGGAGGACGUGUGGAGUUUGACAGUCGGCCAGAAGAUGCCGAGAGUAAAACUUCUCAGACAAAGAAACAAAAGGAUUCCCGCAAACCUCACAAGGCGGUCAGGAAAGAAGAAUCUCCUAGCGUGGAAUAGAGACCGGGCACUUCGAUAUUCACGUAUCCUGUAUAGUAUCAUCAUCAUCAUCAUCAUCUCUCUUCUUAUUUUUGUAUGGUAUCGUCAUCGGUCACAGAGACCUACAGAGCGUUUAGGUGUUUAUAAUUAUUUUUGUACAAUACAAUGGUAUAGAACUUUUCGAACCCU